CCCCCGGGGGGCCGGGCCCGGCCGGCUCCGUGCGGAGCGGGGACCCCCCCCCGCCCGCCCCGCGCCUCCAUUUUAGCCCCGGGAAGCGAGGCCGGGCCCGGGGGGCUCCCAGGAGGAGCAGAGGGAGUGGGGGGCUCCCCCCCGGUGCCCCGCGCCCCCGGGCCGGCCUGCGAGCGCUGCCGGGCCCGGCCCCGCCGGCCGGCCCGGGGCGGGAUGGAGGUGACGGGGGAGAGGGGCUGCGGGGCCCCCCCGUGACAGCCCUUUCUCUCCCGCAGGUCCCGGGUUUUCCCACCCCCCGGAGUACAGAAAUAAGGAACUUGUCCCCCCCUGCCCGGCGGAGGCUGGAAGGACCCCGAGGCCGCCCGUGUGCUGCCCACCUGGAGCGCAGGUGUGAGGAUGGGCCCGGCCGCGAUGCCCACCCAGGCUGCCCUCGGGAGAGGCAGUGGGAGGCAGUGGAGCUGGCCUCGGCACCGGGAGAGGCUGGACUUCCCGUCUCUCUGUGCUGAAUGGCUGCGAUGGCGCCCGCUCUCACUGACGCAGCAGCCGAAGCUCACCACAUCCGAUUCAAGCUGGCUCCCCCGUCCUCCACCUUGUCGCCUGGCAGUGCCGAGAGCAACGGCAACGCCAACAACAUCCUCCUGGCUGCCAACGGCACCAAAAGGAAAGCCAUUGCUCCGGAGGAUCCCAGUCUAGAUUUCCGAAGCAACCCAACGAAGGAAGAGCUGGGCAAGCUGCAGCCGCUGGUGGCCUCUUAUCUCUGCUCGGAUGUAACAUCUGUCUCUUCAAAAGAGCCUCUGAAGCUGCAAGGAGUCUUCAACAAGCAGACAGUCCUUAAAUCUCACUCUCUCUUAUCUCAGUCCUUCUUGAAAACAAGUGAUCUGUUGGGGAGGCAACCGGUGUUGGAAUUCACUUUGGAGAAUCUAAAAACAAUGAGUACUAAUAGCCAGCCACCUCUCCCACAAGCGCCUGUCAAUGGCUUGGCCAAGAAAUUGGCCAAAAGUACCAGUUCAGACCAUGAAAACUCUAGUUCUCUGAAUGGUGGGAAGUGUGCUCCUCCUUCUGCUGCCCUCCAGACUGUUGACUAUAAUACAGGAGGUUCCGAGCUGGGGGACUUGAAGACCGGGUUGACCAAUUGCACUCUUCCACACAGAAGCCUUGAUGCAGAGCACACGACUCCCUUUAGCAAUAAUAGCACUGCAAAUAAAUCUUCCCUUAAUUCCACAGAGCAGCAGUGGGUGCUCGAGGGCGGCAGUGGAGAGACCCGGUUGCCCGGUGUCGCGAGUCGCUCCGACUUCGGGAGCAGCAAGUUGGAGGAGCAGAAACCUUCUCUGUUGGCUGGUCACCACAGCGCCCUCGAGUCCGAGAUGAGGACGAGGGCGCUGCUCCGGCGGCAGGCAGACAUCGAGAGCAGGGCCCGCAGGCUGCAGAAACGCUUGCAGGUGGUGCAGGCGAAGCAGGUGGAGAGACACAUCCAGCAGCAGUUGGGUGGCUUCUUGGAGAAAACUCUGAGCAAGCUUCCAGCUUUGGACCCGCUGAGGCAUCGGAGCCAGCUGAUGUUGACCAGGAAAGCAGAAGCAGCCUUGAGGAAAGCUGCGAGCGAGACAGUUACUUCCGAAGGCCUGAGCAACUUCCUGAAGAGCGAUUCGAUCUCGGAGGAGCUGGAGAGGUUCACGGCCAGCGGAAUGGCCAACCUGAGGUGCAGCGAGCAGGCGUUUGACUCGGACGUCACCGAGAGCAGCUCGGGAGGAGAGUCGGACGUUGAGGAAGAGGAACUGACCAAAGCAGACCCAGAACAGCCCCAUGUACCACUGAGGCGAAGGGCAGAGUGGAGAUGGGCAGCAGACCGGGCAGCCAUCGUCAGCCGCUGGAAUUGGCUCCAAGCCCACGUCUCGGACCUGGAAUACCGGAUCCGGCAGCAGACGGACAUCUACAAGCAGAUCAGAGCCAAUAAGGGGCUGAUAGUUCUCGGUGAAGCGUCACCCCCUGAUCCUGCAGCAGAUGAUUCGUCCCGUCCCGUUAGAGCCGAAGUGAAGCUGGAGCCUGGGGCUGACCGGCUGAGUGUUUCUGGAUCCCAGCCACUAGAAAACUUGGGUAUUUCUGCUGCAAAUACUCCUGAAUCCCAUCCCACCAAGCCCUGUGGAGCACCAAGACCCGUCAAUGGAGUUAUUAACACUCUUCAGCCUGGCCUGGCAGAACACGCUCAGGGAGAUGGCCAGGAAGCUGAGGAGCUCCUGCAUAAAAAGCAACGCCUGAACCUGGUCCCUGCCCCCUCGGACGGGACGUGCGUGGCCGCGCGCACCCGCCCCGUCCUCAGCUGCAAGAAGCGACGGCUCGUCCGACCCAGCACCAUUAUGCCCCUCUCCAAAAAGGUCCACCGUAACAACCUGGCCCGUUGUAGCUGUGACGUGAACCCCUCCUGUGCCCUGUGUGGCACUCGGAGCUCCACCACUCUGGAAAUCCAGUAUGAUGCCCCUCUGCUGGAGCGCCUCUCCCAGCUGGACUCCUGUAUCCAUCCUGUCCUGUCAUUCCCAGAUGAUGUGCCGACGAGCCUGCACUUCCAGAGCAUGUUGAAAUCUCAGUGGCAGAACAAACCCUACGAGAAAACUAAACCUCCCAAAAAGCUGUCGCUCAAGCACAGAGCCCCCAUGCCCACCAGCCUGGCAGACCCUGCCCGCAAGGACCGCCACAAGCUGGUCAACUCCUUCUUCACCGCAGCCAAGCGCUCACAUCAAAAAUCCCAACCAGACAAGGCACUCAGGCCGCCUUUAGACGAUUUUUCGGCCAUGGCCAAGGCCGAGAGAGCGCCAGAGCGCUCUGCCCAGCCUGCUGCCCAUGACAAAAAGAGAUUGCGAGACUGCUCAUCUGAGAGGAGUGAAGUGUUGAAGCACCACCCGGACGUCGGCGGCCCGAGCUACUUGUCGGCAGCUGUGACCCCCACCCCUCACAGCCCCAUAGCUCGGCAACUGUCCACCUCCUCAGAGGGCUCAGCUCCUGCCAGCUCCACUUCCCAGGGCACCUCCAGCACCGCCCAGCCAAGGAGGAGGAGAGGAGAAAGUUCCUUCGAUAUCAACAACAUCGUCAUCCCGAUGUCCGUGGCUGCGACGACCCGGGUGGAGAAGCUGCAGUACAAAGAGAUCCUCACACCCAGCUGGCGUGAGGUGGAUAUCAGUGCUCUGAAGGCCAGCCCUGAGGAGGACAACGACGAGGUUGAGGACUUGUCUGAUUCGGCCUUCGCGGCCCGGCACGGGAAGUGUGAGGAGAUGGAGCGGGCGCGGUGGCUCUGGAGCACGAGCGUCCCCCCGCAGCGCCGGGGCAGCAGGUCCUACAGAUCCACGGACGGACGGACAACCCCCCAGCUGGGGAACCCCUCGACUCCCCAGCCGGCUUCCCCCGAGGUGGGCAGCUACCACCCCCACUUGGAGCUGUCCCACAGCCACUCACCACGCAGCCCCAUCAGCCCCGAACUGCUCUGUGCCCCCCUGACCCCCCUCUCCCGGGACUCCCUGCGGCUCCUGUCCAGCGAGGACACGCGUUGCUCCACGCCCGAGGCCGGCCUGGACGAGCAGGCCGUGCAGCCCUGGGAGCGACGGACCUUCCCGCUCUCCUACGACCCCCGGACAGAGUGCGAGGACCAAUCCGACCCCCAGGACCGGUUGUCGCGCUGCACCCGCCGCACGUCGGGCAGUAAAUCCUCCCGGGAAUCCGAUGGCACUUCGGCUUCGCCCAGCCUGGCCAGCCUCAAGAACCGAACCCCGCUGGCCCCCCCUCCCUCCUCCUCCUCUUCCUCCUCCUCCUCUUCCUCCUCCUCUUCCUCCUCCUCCUCCUCCUGCUCUGCAGUCCUGCGGCCAGCGCACAGAUAGAGACACACGGGGAGACAUGAGCAAACCAACACACAGAACUAACUCUUGGCAUUAAAGCUUCCAAAAUCUGCGUUUGAUAUUCAAA